UCUGAAUGAAGAGUGCAUUACUGGCUAUUAAAAUAAUUGAAGAAAACACACAAUCUAUGAUCAUUUAUUGAACGUCAACGUUGAACAACUGAAAUUAAACACACUUUGCCUACAACAAAGUCACUUUAUUCUUAUAAAAUCAUGCAAAGUAAAUAAACUAUUUUCAGUGAUUUUUCUAUUAAAAGUCUCUUCUAUAUUCUGUAAUUAAUAUUUUAAACAGUGCAUUUCUUGCGUCUCCUGUAAGCAAAUGUUUAAAAAAAAAAAAAAAAAACUAUUUCAGUAUAAUGCAAUGUAUGGUCAUUGUAGUGCAAAGUAACACAAUAGUAACAACUAGAGCAGGUUCAUGUGACUCCCCAUGCAGUAAGGUAAGUAACUUAAAAAAUUUGAUUGCUUAUCGGUUCUGAUUGUAGAUUUCGAUUACUUUUUCGAUGAAUCGCCCAACCCUACUUGGUAUUUAAACAUGAUGUGCAUAUAAAGGCAAUUUUAAAGUAUUAACAAUAUAAAUCAGUGUAUACUGCAAACCCUCAGUGUGUAAUAAACAGAUCUGCCAGUCCUGAAUGGCCUUUUAAUGUUUUUAGUUUGAGGCUCAUCAAUAUUAUCCGAGCUGCUGAAAUACUCUUUAUUUCUUGCCAUUAGUUCUCGUUUUCCCCCUCAUUCAUUAUACUGAUGUCUUCAGAUUCUCGAAAAGCCACAUUAAGUUCAUUUUAUUGGUGUCCGCUGACUUGAACAAAUGAAAUAUUCACAUAUCUUAUUGUCAUCUAUAAGAUAUUAAUAUAAUAUGAUUAUUUCAUCAAUCAGUGUAAAUAAAUCAGAUUCUCUGUUUACUCCUCUGAAGCUCCAUCAGGACAGUGAGAAGAUGAGUGAUCCAGAACCCUGCAGAAUUAAACAGGAAGAGACUGAAGAACUAAUAGAUGUGCUGGUGAAGGAGGAGAGUGAAGCGCUGAGUGAAGAUGAGAGGAAACAUCAUGUCAAAAGUGAAACUGAAACUCAGUCAGAGACUGAAGAUAAUUUUCCGGUGGAAACAACAGAAUUGAAAGGCUUUAUCUGCACUGAGUGUGGAAAGAGUUUCAAGCACAAAUACACACUCAACGUCCACAUGAAGAUCCACACUGGGGAGAAACGCUACAAGUGUUCGCAAUGCGAGAAGAGAUUCAUUCAUUCAGGACAACUGAAACAGCACCAGAGGACUCACAGCAGAGAGAAAUCCUUUCACUGCUCUAUAUGCGGGAGCAGUUUCAAACAUUUGUGUUCUCUACGAAAGCACGCGAAAAACUUUCACGACAUGAUUGUGAAGGAGGAGGAGACUGAAGAACUGAGUGAAGAUAUAAAGGACCACCUUAGUGUUCAUGCAAAGGAGAAGAUACACUCCUGCUCUUGGUGUGGAAAGAGCUUCAUACAGCAGUCGCAUUUACGAAAACAUCAGAGGAUCCACACCGGAGAGAAACCGUGCACGUGUCCUCAGUGUGGGAAGAACUUCUCAAAACCAUCCAACCUCUAUUUACAUCUGAAGAUCCACACUGGAGAGAAACCGCACAAGUGCGAUCAGUGCGGCAAGACGUUUUUGAGGCCUUCAGUGCUGAAGAACCAUCUCAGACUUCACACAAACGACAAGCCUCAUUCGUGCUCCUCGUGUGGAAAGAGGUUUUCACAGCGGUCACAAUUAAAGGACCAUCAGCACGUCCACACUGGCGUGAAAGAGUUUGUGUGCUUCGAGUGCAAGAAGACUUUUGUUAGAGCCGCAGAACUCAAGCGACACCGGCAGAUCCACACCGGCGAGAAGCCGUACGUGUGUUCACACUGCAACAAGAGGUUCAGUCAGUCAGGUGAUGUGAAAGUACAUGAGCUCAUUCACACUACGGAGAGGCCCUACACGUGUACUGAGUGUGGGAAGAGUUUCACACGGUUAAUAUACAUCUACAAACACAUGAGGAGCCACAACGGAGAGAAAGCAAACACAUUUGAUCAGUUAUGAGAGAUUUUACUUCACUUUAAAGUCAUUCAAUUUCUUUGAAUGUACUUCCUGUCGCUUUUAUGGCAGCAUGCAUCGAGGACUGUUUGAUCAGGCUGUGGAUUAAAGCUAAUAAUAUUGUAAAUAAUGUUAUAUUACUUAUCCAGGUUAAUCGAUUUGCUUCACAACACCUUAAGCCUGGUUUAUACUUCUGCGUCAAGUGACCGGCGUAACUCACGGCGCAUGCAACGCGCGUGGCUGUGCAUUUAUACUUCUGCGCGC